AUGGAACGAAUCGUCCGCGACGAGAAAUACAUUCGCGAUCAAACUGCAGCUGUCGAUCAGAGUUUGAGGAGAUGCAAAGCGCUGGCUAACAUCAUGGUGACGAUGAAGAAACUUGCAAUGGUACAAGACCCCACAAUUCAUCGAACUAAGAAGGAGGCCGACACAUCCUCUCCGGCAACCUCGAAUUCUAUACAGGCCCCAGUGCCUGCACCCCCUCCUCCACCGCCACCUCCACCACCGAAACCGGAUCAUCCGCCAUCGAAUUCAUCGAAUGCUAACUCGCAAGGAAACCAGAACCACGAUACCAAGGAUUCUUCUGCUCACUCUCAACAAGUGAAUGGCUUCCAUCAGCUGAACAACAACCUGGAAAUCGCUGCGCCCUUCACUCCGAACAUCUCUCGGAAGACGCCUGAGCAGCUUCCGCCUGUUCAGCAGCCUUCCAAUGAACCAUCGCCUGCUGCCGAACUUGAUGUCGUCUUAGAAGAGGUACAGAGUUCUUCUGAAUCCACCACUAGUGAUCUUCCUAAUCAAUAG